AUGGAGGAUGAGGCCCGACUGCGCGCACCUCCUACUAGGGGGCCUGGGACGGCUCGCUCCACCAAGAACAACACCCCACGCGCUGUUAGCGAGGGUAUGCAGUCGUACUUCGAGGGCACCCCGUCCCCCUUGGGCGACCGUCAUCCGUUUUUGACCGACUCUCCUCCGAACACGGAACCUCUGGGAGAUACCACAGGCACCCUUCGGAAUGGCGCACCCCGAUAUUCCCCUUCCUAUACCGACGACUCCUCGGAAAACUCUGACCCUGACCGAAGUUCACACGAUGCAUCUCAGCUCCACUCAUCAUCGAGUCGCAAAUGGUACUCUUUGCAGAAGAUACCGACAAUACCCACUCUGCCGCCUUUAUACCGCAACAUCCUGAAGUGCUGCAUCGCGUACUUCGUCGGGUCGUUGUUCACCUUCUCUCCAUAUCUCUCCGGGUUCAUCGCAGAUAUCACCGGGGACGACCCUGGCGAUCGCGUGCCCUCACCCUCCGGACAUAUGGUUGCUACCAUUGCUGUAUAUUUCAACCCGGCUAAAACUAUCGGCGGGAUGUUCGAAGCGGACGUGUUCUGCACCAUGGGGCUUCUCUUUUCGACUUUCGUCUCUCUGACGAGCAUGUCCGUCUACUGGUUUUUCGAGCUGCAGUCGGGUUAUGAGUGGCUCGCCGACAUCCUGGUUCUGCUCAUGAUCGGCGUCGGAAUGUCCGCCGCGGCGUGGAUGAAGGUUUGGAUGGCAAAGCCCCCAUUCAAUACUGCCUGCAGCAUGACGGCCAUCAUUCUCUUUACUGUUGUCGUCAAAGAAGGGGGCCUGCAAACCCUCAUGCAGGUCGCAUUCAUCGUCAUCGUCGGCGCGCUCAUAUCCAACGUCGUCUGCCUACUCAUCUGGCCGCAACGCGCGACUGCGAACCUGCAGAACAACAUGACGCAGACGCUCAACUCCUUCUCCACUCUGCUCGGCAUGCUCACGCAGACGUUCCUGCUCGAGGAGCCCCAUGGCUUCAGCACAGAUAAGCUCCAACGCGCGGUCGCGGCCCAUCAGGCAUCGUUCACCAGCCUCAAGAAGAGUCUCGAUGAGGCGCACUCCGAGCGCUUCUUCGGCGGCCCGGGGCGCGUCGGGAACCGCGCGCAGCUGCGCGGCAGCUCCGGUCAGGCGUACCAGGACGCAAUCGAUAGUCUGAACAGGCUCGGGCAGCACCUGAACGGGCUGAGGAGCGGAAUUAGUCUGCAACAGGAGAUCAUCAAGGGGUAUCGGGAGGGUAAAAUCGUGCUGAAGAACGCGCGAUUUCACCCGGAGGAUGUGUUGGCGAGCAACGGGAAUGGGAAGGGCAAGGUCACGGAUCCGAAUGGUGCUGAACCCUCUGCGCCGGACGAAGAGUCUAUGUUGCUGCAGGCGGCUGCGACGGUAUUCGGAGAGUUGAUGGACGAUUUAGGGCCUCCGCUCAAGGCGCUUUCGUCGACCUGUACCACGACGCUGAAGAAACUUCGCGAGGCAUUCGUACACCCGCGAGAGAACACCGAUCGGACGACCAUGGAGCCCGCUGACUUCCACGAGCUCUCGGAGAACGUGGAACGCGCGCUCUUCACGUUCGAGAGCACAUCGAACCACGCGGUGCUCCGUUUGUAUCGGAGUGGCAACGUAUCCGGCGUCGACUCGCGUGCUUCCGUCGCCUCUCUUACUUCGGAGAACCAGGCGCUAUCAGGAGAUGAGAGCGAGAACAUCUUCUUGGUCUACUUUUACAUCUUCACCUUGCAGGAGUUCUCCCGCGAGCUCAUAUCGCUCGUCGACGCUAUGGGCCGGAUAUGCAACAUUGAGCGUGCCAACGCCGCCCGCAGCGGCCUGUGGGCGCACUUCAAAGCUGUUCUUCCGUUCGGCUCAGGAGCGCGCAGCACACUGAGGCGCCGAGCCCGGGAGAAGCAGCAGAGCAGCAUGCGCAAACGCCUAUCUGCAUUCUUCGUCCCGCACCAGCCGCACAGGGCGGUGUCGUUCCCCAAGGUCACGCCGCACGCCCCCAACACAAUCCAGACGCCCGCGCGGGCGAACCUCUCGUUCAUGGGGCGGGUGAAGCAGACGAUUUGGGCCAUCGGCGCGCGCUUGAAGCAGCAGGACUCGAAAUAUGCCAUCAAAGCGGGCAUGGCGACUGCCAUUUUGGCUGCCCCUGCGUUCUUUGAGAGGACCAGGCCCGUGUUUGUGGAGUAUAGGGGAGAGUGGGCGUUGAUCUCGUUCUUUGUGGUCAUCUCGCCCACGAUCGGUGCUACGAACUACAUGGGCGUCCAUCGUGUACUGGGAACAUUGUUCGGCGCAGCGACAGCCUUCGUAGUAUGGUCAUUGUUCCCCGAAAACCCCUACGUUCUGUCGAUCUUCGGAUUCUUCUACUCGAUUCCUUGCUUCUACUACAUCUGCGCCAAGCCUCAGUUCGCGACGUCUUCGCGCUUCGUGCUUCUGACCUACAACCUGACGUGUCUCUACUGUUACAAUAUUCGCCAAAGAGACAUCUCAGUCUUCGACAUCGCUUACCACCGCGCUGUGGCAGUCACAGUCGGCGUCGUGUGGGCUGCGGUUGUGUCGAGGUAUUGGUGGCCGGCAGAAGCGCGGCGCGAGCUCAGCAGGGCGCUCGGAGAAUUUUGCCUGAACAUGGGGUGGCUGUAUACACGCUUGGUCGCCUUCAACUCGUUCUCCGACAACGAUCUCCAGAUGCACGCGAUGGAGGACGAGAAUUCGCCGACAGAGGAGACGCACCUGCUCGCUGUCAACCCGGCGCUCUCCCAGUCCAUCCAGCACUUCAUGGCGAUGGAAUUACACCUCCAAAUCAAGCUGAUCGAGCUGCAAGGCCUGCUGUCCCAGACGCAGCACGAGCCCCGUCUGAAGGGCCCCUUCCCAGUGGCACUGUAUCGCUCGAUUUUGACGAGUCUGCAAACGAUCCUGGAUAGGAUGCACAGUAUGCGCUGUGUCACUUCGCGUGAGGAAUGGCAUACGACCGUCAGACAUGAUUUCAUCGUGCCGGUCAACCGGGACCGCCGCGAGAUGGUCGGCAACGUCAUCCUGUACUUCUCGGUCCUCGCCGCGGCGUUCCGGCUCAAGUCGCCGCUGCCGCCGUAUCUCCCUCCCGCGGAGGCCUCCCGCCAGCGUCUCGUGGACGCGAUCCGAAAUCUGGAUGUCGUCCGAAACCGCGAGAUCAAGGGCUCCCGGCAUCUGCUGUUCUUCGCUUACGCGCUCACCAUGAAGGCGGUCAUCCAGGAACUCGACUAUUUGGGACACACGCUCCAAGACGCGUUCGGUGUGAUAGGCCAGUCGCGCGAAGCGUUCGAAGCGUUCUUCGAAGAGAUGCCUGGUGGAGGAAACUCAGUAUAG